AUGCCGCCAAGCCACCUCCACCGCUGCUCCCUGCAAGCUGAGCCCAACCCUUUACCUUCUGCUUUCUUUCAGGUUUGCCUCACCUCCCCCCACCACACCAAGAUGUCUUGCUGCUACGGGUACCCGUGCUACAGCGUGUGCUGCUCCCCAUGCUACAGGACCGUCUGCUGCUCCCGGAGCUACCGCUGCUGCAACCCCUGCAACUACCGGAACGUAUGCAGCUACCGGCGCAGGUAUAACUGCGGAGACUGCUGCAGCUAUGGGUCCUGCUGCACAACCCGCUACUACUACCCUUCCUGCUGCAACUACAGCUACAGGUGCUGCUACCCUUCCUGCUGCUACUCUUGCUGCUAA